AACCUGCCUUGGAACCAGCACCGCGCAGCACAGCACCCCCCAUCCUUCUCGGUGAUCCGGGCCCCUUCUUUUGUCCGCUUCCGAAAUGGCCACCUACAAGGUCCAAGUGGCCACCGGCAACCUCAUGCUGGCAGGCACCUACAGCGCCGUCUCCAUCACUUUGAUCGGGACCCGAGGAAAGAGCCACAAGCAGUCCCUGAAUAACCGGGGCCGGGACUUCGUUCCUGGGGCUGUGGACGAGUAUGAGGUGCACUGCGCCAGGGACCUGGGAGAACUUCUGCUGGUCCAGCUCCACAAAGAGGCCUACUUGUUCUUCCCCAAAGACAGCUGGCUCUGUGACUAUGUCAAGGUGACGACCCGGCAAGGGAGGAUCUACAACUUCCCCUCCUACCAGUGGCUGGAGGGCUACAGCACCUUGACUCUGCGGGAGGGAGCAGCCAAAACCAUUACCGAUGAUUCCGGGAAUCCUCUCCUUUUGGAGCAUCGUAAGGAAGAGCUCAAAUGUCGGCAAGAAUGCUACGGCUGGAAGGACUAUGCCCCGGGCUGGCCGAGAUGCGUAGACGCCAAAAGCACCGACGACUUGGACAGCAACGAUAAGUUCACGGUCACCAAAACCACAGUUUUCGCCCUGCGCAACGUCAAGUCGGAACUGGAGCUCAGACUGAGAGGCUUCUCCAACCAGGAGGGUUCUUGGGAGAGUCUCGAUGACAUCGGGAAAGUCUUCUGGUUCAAAAAAACCCCUGUCACAGAGUAUGUUGCAGAUCAUUGGAGGGACGAUGAUUUCUUUGGCUACCAGUACCUGAACGGGGUCAACCCUGUGGUGAUGCAGAAAUGCACGGAGAUCCCAGCUAACUUCCCCGUCACCCAGGAGAUGGUGGCCGGGCUCCUAGGGAAAUCCACUACCCUCAAGGAAGAGCUGAAG